AUGCGCAGUAGAUCAGCAUUUCCGAACUUCGUUAGCCGAUAUAAAGACCCUAAUAAGAUUAACUUCGUGGAGGAAGCGAAGAGGAAGAACAACUUGGCCGAUUUGAUCGAUGACAUCUAUGAGAACGCCAUUCUGAUACGACAGAAGUAUACCCCUCUAGGCCAGAGUGCCAAGCGUGAUCGAGAUGGCAACUCCACAAACAAAGACGCUCAGGAACUUGUGGCGACAUGGGAUAACUAUGUGCAUGUGAUGAAAAAGCUUGGAGCACCAGAUCAGGUCACCGGAGCAGCAAGUAACCAUGUUAAGAAAGGUGAAGAUCUUCCACACGAUUACUGGAUCGACGGAGAGAAGUGCUCGAGGGGAGACUGCGUGAAAGUCCAAGUUUCUUCGGUCAACAUCGGCGACGAGAUGGAAGGCAUCACCACUUCACACGAUGGAAACGAGGAAGAAGAGUCUGGGCACCCAGUCAAAUCAAUCAAACCUGACCCUGAUCUUGCCGCUGGCGAUCCUGGUGUGCAGGCGGUGCAGACUGCAGACGCUGCUCAGAACACAGCAGCGUCUUCCAAUCCCUCUGAACAGCCAGCAGCGUCUUCCAGUCCCUCUGAACAGUCAGCGGCGUCGUCGAGUCCCUCCGAACAGCAAGCGGCGUCGCCAAGCUCCUCCGCAAAACCAGCGGCGCCUUCAGGUGCUUCCGAAAAGCCAGCAGCGUCGUCAAAUCCCUCCGAACAGCAAGCGGCGUCGUCAAAUUCCUCCGCAAAACCAGCGGCGCCUUCAGGUGCUUCCGAAAAGCCAGCAGCGUCUUCAAGUGCUUCCAAAAAGCCAGCAGCGGCGGAUCCCAAGCCAGUAUCAUCAACCGACCACGAUGCUAGCCCGGGCUUCAGCGGUCGCGACGACGGGACAGUGAGAUUCAACUCACCGUACGCCCCAAUAACCGCGCCUCCAGGCGGAGAAGCUGACUCUACUUUACACUAUUGGAAAGAACUUGGGGGCGAAAGACACCAUAUAGCAUUGGGAAUCCAUUCAGAGCGAGUUGGUAACGCGACGUUAACGUUGUACAAUCUGGUAGCAAGAUCAUCACUUCUAAAGAAGGACGAAUUCGAGAAAACUUUCAAGACAGAGCAAAACAAGUUUGUCUUCGGAUCAAGUGAACGCCUCACGUCGAAUUUCGGUGACCUACCCAUCGUCGCCGUGGCCAGGGUGCCUGUGAAUUGCAUGGAUGCAGAUCGUGUCUAUGAUCCGAAGAAAUGCUUCGUUGGCGCCCAAUUCGAUUCAAACGUCUUCUGGUACGCAACAAAGGGCCUGGAAUUGCGUUAUACACAAGCCACUAUAGCAGACUUCUACUCCCAGUGCUGGUCCUUCUAUAGCCCCAACGCUAUAACUAAAGAUGAGUACUUCGAGGAACAGAUCGCCUCUUUGGAGACACCGAUACCUCGGCCGACUACUCCCACCGUUACAAAACCAGCAGCGGCGUCUACAAAGCCAAACCAUGCGAUAGCACCGUCAAAGAAGUCACAUCAAGCCGAAGAAGCAUCUCAGGGAGUCCCUGCACAGAACGCCGACUCAUCAGCUGAUAUGAACUACUCGGACGAGCAACUGAAGCAAUUGCAAGAGUACGUGACCUGGGCUAUCGCGGCGCGAGAAAAGCAGAGGAAACUUGACAAUGAGAAGGGUCAAACCUCUUGA